UUCGCAGACUUUCGGCUCGGCUAUGCCUACUUGACGACAACAAAAACACGACGCUAACCUCACCCUUAAAUCCGCGUUUAAAAGGAUUGUGAGGGGCUUAAGUUUUAAAUUAAAUUUGUCUUAAAGUUUGUACGACAAACCGAACUGUAAACAACACGUUUGUAAAAGUACCUCCUCCUGAAGCGACAAUGUUCUGACAGCUAAAGAUCAGUGUCUGCUGCCGCCGGCAGACCACGUCUGUUGCCCAGCGGCUCUAGUACACCUCACACUAUGGAGCGGGCUGCACUCCGACAGAACCAGCUCUGUGGCUCAGCAUGGGAGAUGAAGGAGAGACUUGGAAUGGGAGGCUUUGGGCACGUCUACCUGUACCAGCACCUUGAGUUGGGAGACAAGAUCGCCGUGAAACUUUGCCGCCUGGAGCUAAACUCCAAGAAUAAAGACCGUUGGAGCAGAGAGAUCCAGAUUAUGAAGAAACUGAACCAUGUGAAUGUUGUUCAGGCCAGAGAAGUACCUGAAGAGUUGAGCUCCAUUGCUUUAAAUGACCUACCUCUGUUGGCCAUGGAGUACUGCUCUAGAGGAGACCUACGCAAGGUGUUGAAUAAACCGGAGAACUGUUGUGGCCUAAAGGAGAGUGAGAUCCUCUCUCUUCUCGGUGACAUUGGUUCUGGUAUCCAGUAUCUCCACGAAAACAAGAUCAUUCACAGAGACCUAAAGCCUGAGAACAUUGUACUUCAGGAGAUCGAUGGGAAGCUGGUCCAUAAAAUCAUAGAUCUAGGUUAUGCAAAAGACCUGGAUCAGGGGAGUCUCUGCACAUCCUUUGUUGGAACUCUCCAGUAUCUGGCUCCAGAGCUGUUUGAGAGUAAACCCUACACUGUAACUGUGGACUACUGGAGCUUUGGGACAGUGAUUUUUGAAUGCACUUGUGGCUUUCGUCCUUUUUUACACCACAUGCAACCUGUCCAGUGGACAAGUAAAGUCAAGAAUAAAGGUCCAAAGGACAUCAUGGCAGUCGAGGACAUGAAUGGAGAAGUCCGGUUCUCCACACAUCUCCCUUAUCCCAACAAUCUCAGCAGACCACUGUUGGAGCCAGUUGAGUCUCUACUACAGAUGUUGUUACUGUGGGACCCUGCAACACGUGGCGGAGGGCUGGAUCCUGACAGAAAGCAGCCAUACUGCUACACCACUCUUCAGAAUAUUCUCAGCAUGAGAGUGAUUCAUGUUUUGGACAUGACAUCUGCUCAGUUGCACUCUUUGGUUUUGGAAACCGAGGAGAGUUUACACUCCCUGCAGCUUCGCCUGGAGACGCAGACUCAGACCCACAUUUCUCCGCUGAGUCAGGAGCUGCUGCUGGAUUCGGGAAUCUCCCUCGACCCACGCAGACCGCCCGCACAUUGUCUGCCAGAUGGAUUGCGUGGUUGGGACUGUGUUAUUGUUUUCCUCUUUGAUAAGAGCUUGACCAAGUACUCUGGGCCGCUGACUGCUCGACCUCUGCCGGACAGUGUCAACUUUAUAGUCAGGGAGACCAAGACACAGCUCCCACUCUCUGCUCUGAGAAAAGUUUGGGGGGAAGCAGUCAGCUACAUCUGCGGCCUGAAAGAGGACUACAUACGUCUGUACCAGGGUCAGAAAGCUGCCAUGCUGAGUCUGCUGCGUUACAACACCAACCUAACACGUUACAAGAACCUGCUCUUCUCCCAGUCACAGCAGCUCCGAGCCAAACUGGCUUUCUUCAAGACCAGCAUCCAGCACGACCUUGAGCAAUACACCAAGCAGCGACACACAGGCAUCUCUUCAGAAAAAAUGUUGAAAACAUGGCAGGAAAACGAAGAGAAGGCUGACAAGUUUACAAAGGUUGCAGAUGUGGGGUAUCUUGAUGAAGAGAUUGUGUCUCUGCAUUCUGAGAUCGUGGAGUUGCAGAGGAGUGCGUUUGCUCGGAGGCCAGGGGAUGUAAUGGAACAACUAGAGGACAGGGCCAUUGACCUCUACAAGCAACUGAAAGCUAAAUGCAAAAGUCCCGACCCUCCACACGGCUACAGUGACAGCUCAGACAUGGUGAAGACCAUUCUCCAAACAGUUCAGAACCAGGACAGAGUACUGAAAGACCUGUACACACAUCUGAGUACAAUUCUGGUAUGCAAGCAGCGCAUCGUUGAUUUGUUCCCUAAGUUGGAGAGGGCGGUAGAGAACAUAAAAACUGCAGAGGCGGCAGUGAUGCAGAUGCAGAUGAAGAGGCAGAGAGAAUUCUGGUAUCUCCUCAAGAUUGCCUGUGCCCAGCCAAUUGUGCAACAAACCACUGACGGUGACUCUGUUCAUCAGUUACUGGAUGAGAAUCAGCGAUAUCUGAGUCAGCUGACGUCUCUGCUGCAGGAUGCCACCCAGGAGAUGGAGCACAGUGUCAUGGAGGAGGACUGGAGUUGGACUCAGUACAGUGUUGUGAAAGCUCAACCUUAGAAGCUGUCGAUCAAAUGAUUUAUAAGUGAUAUAUUGAGAACAGGUGCCUUUUAGUUACACUAUCUGAAAGCUUUGUUGUUAGAAACUGUGUCAUUUACAUCCACAAGGUGCUGUAAGAGAGUGAUGUAUGAAGCAGCAUGAUGUGAUAAGCUAUUUUUCCAACUAAAAUGUUAAUUAUUGAAUUUAAAAAAUGUAAAAUGUUGAGCUGUCACCAAAACAUAUUUAUUGUACUUUGAAUAUAUGUUGAAGUAAAAACAUUGCUGCUAUAAACUAUGAAUGAUGGAUUGUGAGUACAUUUUAUAAAUGUAUGUUCCACAUA